AUGCAAAUAUUUCGAGGAAGGCCAAGUGGCCAUACAGGGCGUUGUGAUGCCUUGUUGAGAGCUUCAUACCCCCCUCCUAGUUUCUCAGUGCAGAGGAGACUAGCACAUGCCGCAGCCGCAGCUCCGAAAUGGAAGCCCUCUUCAGCUCUCGAUGAACUUGCACACCGCUUGCGCGAUAUUCAGACCCUGCCAUAUGUUGUCGUCGCGAACCCUCACCUCGCUCAAGUCUAUGAGUCGUACCUCCAAGCAUUCGAGCGCUUCCGUCGCGUGCCCGAAAUUCGAACCGUCGAAGAUAAUGACCGGUACUGCAAAGUGCUGGAGGAGACUUUGAAGGAGCAUGCCACCGUUAUACCGCGACUGGCAAUUGGAGUGCUGGAGGUGCGCAACCUUAUGAAGCCCGAUGAGACGGACAAGUUCAUGACCACGUUGCUGCGAGCGCGCAUCUCCCGGCGGGUCAUUGCUGAGCAGCAUCUCGCACUGACUGACACCUUCAACUCGCCGUGGCACUUUCCGAAUGCCCAGGCGCCGCACGAUCAAGAGGCCGUCGGAGAGAUUUUCCUGCGAUGCAAUGCGAAAGAAAUCGUCGAGUCGUGUGGCAAGACCACUCAGGAGUUGAUAAGGUGCGCCUACGGCGCGCACGUUGAGAUCCCUGAGAUCAAAAUCUACGGCCACCUCGAUGCGACCUUCCCGUACAUCUUGAGCCACCUCGAAUACAUCAUCGGCGAACUGCUGCGUAACUCGCUGCAAGCUGUUAUUGAGCAGCGGAAGUCAAAGGACGCCAAGCCGCCGCCGAUCGAGGUCUUGAUUUGCGAGACUUCUCAGCACGUGAUCAUUAGGAUCUCAGACCAGGGCGGAGGCAUUCCAAACGAUCUGCUGCCCUACCUGUGGAGCUUCAGCAAAGGACCGCGUCGCGAGAAGCGGCUGAAAAACUUGGCUAGGGUACCAAAGCUGUUAGGCACGCUGCAAGAACUGCAGGUAGGCGACAAGUCGGCGUCUGACCUGCAGCAGCAGAACAGCGCAAAAUCCGGCCACAGCGAGGUUCACCGGGGCUCGCUGGCAUCUCUGACCUCACGAGCGCCUGACCUUCGCUUGGGUAUUGGCCUUCCAAUGUCUCGACUUUAUGCAGAGUACUGGGCGGGAAGUCUGGAAAUUCACAGUCUCGAAGGGUAUGGCGUGGAUGCUUUCCUGCAGAUCUCGAAGCUUGGCAACAAAAAUGAACGCCUCACCACACGUGCUUCGAUGGACGCUAUCUAG